GCCAGCGCCGUACCACUUAAUUUUUCGCAGAGUGAUUCAGACGUAGUUUUUAUUAAAUAAUUUUUGUAUCGUAUUUGUAUGUAAUAAACGAGGCAUUAGCAAAAUCUUUUGUGUUGCAUGCCACACAGCUAAUCUCUUGUAUUUAGUGCAUAUGUGUUUACAAAGUUAUUGGUUGAACAUAUAUUAUUAUUAAGUAAAAUCAAAUCAGAUGUGCAAGUUCUACUUCUAGAGGAUGUGACAUUCUGCUAUGUGAAGUAAAUUCUAGAAGGAAGCGCUUGGAAUGCGCUGACGAUGUGUCGCGCGCCCCACUCGUGCCUUCUGGGCUUGCUCGGCCUGCUGGCGACCGUCCGAUGCAAUGUCAUGGUUUACACGGAGGACCUGCCGCAUUCGAUAGCGGAAGAGUUCCUCGACAUGCCGGCAAGCUUCGGGGCGGAGUUGCCCGCGGACGGGCUCCGUGGCUUUCUGGUACCGGGGGAGCCGCCCGACGGCUGCGGACCUCUGAACAAGCCACCGCCAGCCACCGACAACUUCACCGGGAAGUGGCUCGUGCUAGUCGCCAGGUUCAACUGCAGCUUCGAGGUGAAGGUCCGCAACGCGCAGGCGGCUGGAUACGACUGCGCUAUCGUACACAAUGUCAACUCGAGCGAACUUGAGACGAUGUCAGCGAAGAAUGGCUCCGGGAUAGUGAUCCCCUCGGUGUUCGUCAGUGAACUGGCUGGUCUCAUGCUCGCUGAGGAGUACGCGUACCCUAACCGUUACUACAUAAUGGUGAACGACGACGUGCCCUUCAACAUCAACACGCACCUGUUGCUGCCGUUCGCCAUCGUGGUGGCGCUGUGCCUGGUCGUCAUACUCAUAUUCCUGAUAGUAAAAUGUUUCAAUGACCGGAGAAGGGCGCGACGGCAUCGCCUGCCCAACCGGUCGCUAAAGAAAAUCCCUACCUGCAAGUUCAGUAAGGGGGACCCCUACGAGACUUGCGCCAUAUGCCUCGACGACUACCAGGAGGGCGAGAGACUGCGCGUGCUGCCCUGCGCUCAUGCGUACCACUCGAAGUGCAUUGAUCCGUGGCUGACGCAGAACAGACGCGUGUGUCCCGUAUGCAAGAGACGCGUCCGAGCCGCGGGCGAGCGUCGAGCGCCGCGCUCCGACACUGACUCCGAUGACACGGAGCCCCUAGUGGCAGACCCGCCGCCUUCCACGCAGGGGGGCACUUUCGACGAGCAGCGGGAGAACCCUUUCGUGAGGGCCGCGCGGUACAUAUCUAGGCUGCGCGGGCGACGCGACAACACCGAACCUGACGCAGAGGUAGCUCAGCCCUCGGAAGCAGCUGACGAAACUGAAAAUAAUGUUGAAUCGCAAGACACGCAGCCUCUGAUCCAGCCCGCGGAGCCGGAGCGCCGCCGCCGAGGCCGCCGCUCGCGCCGCGCCCGCUCGGCGCCGCGCGCGCGCUCCGAACACUCCAUCAACGCUACUCCCACGCACACGGAAGGCGAGAUCGGUGUGGCUGCGCUUCCAGUCCCGACGAACACGGGGCCUCGAAACGCGUUCGCGUGAGCACGUGCAUCAUGUAUCACACGUGUAUCAUGUAUCAUACGUGUAUCAUGUAUAACACGUGUAUCAUGUAUCAUACGUGCAUCACGUAUCACAGGUGUAUCAUGUAUCAUUUGUGUAAUAUAAACUGUUGAUAACUUACAUAAUAAUAUGACGGUGAUUGUUA